AUGCCGGAUUUUGUUUUUCUAGGUGUCGGAGCUACUUUCAUUGACAAGGAUGCGCCUCUUGAAGAUGAGGAAAUUGAAGUGGCUGAAGAUGAUGCUUCCUUGGUCAAGCAAAUUGGCCAGAGUUUUCAGUAUUCUAAAAUAGAGGCAAGAAGGGAGGAACAAAUCCAAGCUGCUCAUGACAAAGCUAUGUUUGGUGCUUCAGCACUUCCACCUCCUACCAGUACUGACAGUGAGCUUGAAAGGGAGAAUGAGAAAGAAGUUGAUAAAAAAGCUGUUGUUACAAGCCUCUUAAGUGAAACGGAGUGCUGAAAUGGUGACCAUAUACUACCUUGUGGGCUCAAGAAUGUUUUGAUGCAUAGAGACACUAAUCUAUGUUAGAACUUUUAUGUUUUGGUUGAACUUUUAUGUUAGAACUUUUAUGUUUUGGUUGAACUAAUCAAUGUAUUCACUAGCUAAUGUUAUUUUGUUUCAAGACAAUUUUAGCUAA